CACACACACACAUGCUGUCCCCAAGAGAUCUUUCAGUGCUGAUCUCCUCUGCCUUUUGUGAAACAGACUAACUUGGCACUCUCUACUUUUGUAGAGUGCCUUAUUUUUUUACCUUAUUUAAUUCUUGUUUUGUUUGUUGCCUAGAAGUUGUGACGCCAGCCAUCAGUGCAGUGCAGCAGGCCACUCUUCUCCUUUUCCUUUUUUCAUAUCUCUGGAUCUUUUUUCUCUUCUGUUUGGAUUCUAAACUUUCUCAAUCUGAUACUUUCUUGAUUCAAAGAGCCCACCUUCCCUUCUCUCUCCCCCCGGUCUCCCAUCCCUUUUAGCCGUUCCUUUUUUUCUGUCCUUUUUUUCUGGCUAUGCACCAUGCUGUCCUCCCCUACUGUAAUCCUUCAGCCCUACGGACUCCCUGUUUACCCCCAGACAGCCUCCUGCUACCCCAGCAUUGUACAGGGUGCCGCUGCCCAAGAGGCAGGGCCAGGCAAUGGUGACCCUUCACUUUCCCAGGUCUAUGCCCCUCCUCCAUCAUAUCCUCCACCUGGACAAGGCCCACCCACACCUGCUGCCCGGCUGCCACCCCUCGAUUUUAGCUCUGCUCAUCCAAACUCUGAGUAUUCAGAUCAUCAUCAGCUGAGAGUCUAUCAGGGCUCUCAGCAUGACGGGACAGAGUCAAUAACUGCCAAUACCACGGACGAUUCUUUAGCACCUGUGACAUCCGACCCACAGUCUCUCAGUGUUUCUGUUGCGUCUGGAAGUGCAGGAAGUGGAACAGAGGAGGAAGGAGCUGGAAAGGCUCAACCCAAAAGGCUUCAUGUUUCCAAUAUCCCUUUUAGGUUUCGGGACCCAGACCUCAGGCAAAUGUUUGGGCAAUUUGGCAAGAUUCUAGACGUGGAGAUCAUCUUUAAUGAGAGAGGAUCAAAGGGUUUUGGAUUUGUGACAUUUGAAAGUGCUGUGGAAGCAGAUCGAGCGAGAGAGAAGCUCAACGGAACGAUCGUUGAAGGAAGAAAGAUUGAGGUGAACAAUGCCACAGCAAGGGUGGUAACAAAAAAGCCUCAGACACCAUUAGUGAACGCUGCUGGGUGGAAAAUCAACCCAGUAAUGGGAGCCAUGUAUGCCCCUGAACUUUACACAGUCGCCAGCUUUCCUUACCCUGUUCCCACACCGACCUUGGCCUACAGGGGCUCUGCCCUCCGUGGACGUGGUCGGGCAGUUUACAAUACAAUCCGCUCAGCUGCAGCCGCCGCCACACCAGCCACAGUACCAGCCUAUCCUGGAGUGGUGUACCAAGACGGACUGUAUGGUGCUGAGGUCUAUGGAGGAUAUCCAGCCACAUAUCGAGUGGCCCAGUCCGCCUCAGCAGCUGCAGCAGCCACAUACAGUGAUGGAUACGGAAGAGUCUAUGCCACAGCAACAGACCCCUACCAUCACUCAGUGGGACCCACCACCACUUAUGGAGUUGGAACAAUGGCAAGUUUGUACCGUGGAGGCUAUAACCGCUUUACUCCGUACUGAAUAAAAUCAGCUCUGUGACCCACGUCUGACAAACGAAGAGACUUUCGCUUGCUGUGUGAUCUGCUGAAGAACCGUUUGGUCUUGAGAUUGUAAAUACUGCUCAUAUUUAUUAGGGAAUAAAAAUGAAUCCAGGCUGAAAAUAUAAUGAAUUAUAUUUAAGGGCUUCUAUUUAAAUCUUAAUUUAAGAAAAUACCCCACCCAAAAAACAAUAGUACUUACUUAUCAGACAGUGUCGAGCUGAUCAUGUUAUGUACUGUACAUCCAGAUUGUUUCAUAGUAGUGGCGUGAUAUGGUAUCAUAUAGACGUUCUCAUAAGAUAUUGAGCCUCAUAGGAACAAAGAGUCCCAAAAAACAAAUUUUAUUACAAACUCUGGAUCUGUUGCACUGCUGAAGGAUGAUAUACAGUAUAUAAAGACAGAUACCUCUAGUGGAACUUUUCCCAGAAUGAGAAAUGCAAAACUCUGAACUUGUCUAGUAUGUAUAGGACCGUGUGUGUGUUGGAGUGUCUUUGGAGUGUUAGAGUGUGUGUAAUUUUUCUGCUGUCACGAGCAAUACUGUGAGAUACAGCAAUGGCACUGGGGUUAGUGAUACCGCAUGUUUUGUUUCAAUGUAAUCUACCUCUGAGCUAAACACCUCUUAUUCAAAAAAAAAGAAAACUAAUUACCUGACUUCUGAUGGAGCUACUAUACAAAAUGUUUUGGUGCUUUCCUUUUUUAUUUUCUCCAGUUAGUUCCUGUUAAGUCAUGCUGUCUCUGCGUCAUUCGUCGUUGCGUACACUCUACAUUCAGUCGCUACAACUACUUCUGUAUACUUUUUUUCAUCUUUAUUCUUCUCUUUCAUGUUUACUUUAACCUUUUGUGCGCUUUACUUCCCUUUAGUUUGCUUUCAAAUACUUUAUUCUUUCUAACUAAAGGCUAUGUGCAUUAAUUUCUACUUAAGAUCAGUGCAUUUUCAAUGCUAAACUACUGAAUAAAAAAAAAUAAUUCAUUAAAAAUUUUCAUUUCUUCCUUCCUUCCUUGCUUUUAUUUGUCUUUCCUUCCUUUCAUUUCCUUUCUAUUUCUUUCUCUCUUUCUUUUUCUUUCUUUCUUACAUUUGAAUUUUUCCUUACCUUUGAAUUUUUCCUUUUCUUUCUCUUUUGUUUCUUUCUUUUUUCUUGAUUCUUUUUACUUGAUAGCUUAUUAAUUUAGAGCCUCUAGAAUCUCUUUUACACUUUGGUACUAAUUUUUUCUCCAACACCUUUUAAUAUUACCUGCUUUAUUCUUUUUCUUCCUUCUUCUCUAGCUGUCUGGUUAGUUCUUGUUUCCAUUUCUGUGUUUCUUUUCCUGUUUUAUCUCCUGUUUUAUCUCUAUUUCAUUCCUUCUGUGUGCUGAUGGCUGUGCUUUUACUCUUGCAAAUCGUUUCGAUCUUUUAAUCUGAUUCUUUGAUUCUCACUGUGCAAAUGUUUCACUAUUAUAACCAAUUUCCUACUAUGUCUGUAUGCUUUCUUUUCACCUAUCUGCUUUCCUUUUUUCUUACACUUUCUUUCUGUCUUAUGUUCUCUUUCAUCAUUUCUUCUGAUUUUAACCUAUUAUGCUUUAGAUUUCCCUGCAUUACUCGUAGAGUUUUUUAUUUGAGUUUAUUUUCUUUAGUUUACUUCAUUUAAUCAUUUCCUACUCUUUCUCUCUCUCUCUCUCUCUCUCUCUCUCUCUCUCUCUCUCUCUCUCUCUCUCUCUCUUUCUACAAGACAGCUUUAUUAUUUUAUCUCACAGCUAUUACUUGACCCAUAAUGUCAUUGCUGUAUCAAGUUUUUGUUAUUUUUCAACUCACUAAAGUGUAAGCUACUCUGUGGCUAAAUUGUACAUUAAAGCAGUUUAAUUAUGUAA